AUGACAUUCUUGCUACCUUCCCUGCUUUGUGCCUUAGCUGGUUAUGUUUCUGCUUUUUCAGGAGAAACUUCAAAUUCCAUAGAUCUUUAUCCUCCACUUUGGGAAGAAAGUCCUGGCCAGAUCAGUGACUAUAACAUAGAGAAUGGGGUAUACACCAUUAAUCCAUGGCUAUAUCCUGAAAGAAUGGGUUUAUACAAAAUCUUAGUUACCUCAACACAGAAAUAUUUUGAAAGAUUUUCACGAAAUAAUGAAAAAAACUUUUUAUUUGGAUUACCUCUGCAACAUGGAUGGCAAUUUGAAACAGGCAGAUUAGCUGACCCUACCAAAAAGACUAACUGUGGAAGAGAGGGAGACCCUCUGUGCAUUUCUGUGGACAACUGGUGGGCCCGUGCGAAUUAUUAUCUUUCUGCAAUACCUUUCCUUGCUGCAGUUGAAGCUGGAGUGAUAGGAAUCCCUUCAAACCAAGUGAUACUCUCGCCACCACCAAAGGACCAGCAAUAUUUUUGUUAUGAUGUUGCUUCUUGUCAGUCAUCCUUCCCAAAUAUUAUGGCAAAAUGGAAUAUAUUUUAUCAGCAAAUGAAAGAACCUUCUGAAAGCUUUGACGACUUGCUAAAAUACUUAUGGGACGCACAUGAUGAAACCAUUGAUCUGUCUAAAUCUCUAUCUCUAAAUGAUAACUUUUAAUGUUUUUCUUUUAGAUAUAAAAUUUUCCCCAAACCUGAGGCAGAGUUUUCAAAAAGUUGGGAAAAUGCUGUGCAUUACCUUGCAGCAAUGCGCUUUGAAACCACCUUGAACAGAACUAAUGAAUUCCAGAAAGCUCUGCCCCAAAGAGUACUCCAGGAAAAUGAUAAUGCCCCAUUCAUUAAGGAUUUUACAGCUUCUCAAAAUAGGAUCUUGUAUUAUGUUAAUCUUCUAAACAAAGUGGAUAACUUUUCAAGUAAGUAG